AUGACUUCUAACCAAGAUCUUACUCAGAAUUUUGAAUUUUACCCAGGAUUAUCUCAACACUUUUCUCAAUUGUUAAAUGAUAAUGAUGAUUAUGAUAUUAUUAUCAAAGUUGGAGCUAAUACGGAUGCAAAAGAAUUUCGAGCGCAUUCUCUUAUUUUGAAGGCUCAUAUAUGUUAUACAGGAAUUCUUAAUUUGAACAAACAAAUUGGCAACGAUAUUCUUGAACUUCUUGUGGCAUCCGAUGAAUUAAUGAUUGAGGAACUGAUUAACUUCAUAAACGAGCAUUUGUUUGGAAAACAAAAUGAAUGGUUACAACAAAAUAUCGUCAAAGUACUUCAUACGGUAUCUCAAUUGGAAAUUAUAUUGCCUCCUCGUCAUAGAAAAAUUGCUGUUGAUUCAAUAGUCAUUAAACCAAAACAUGCGGCUAUCCUUGCUAACUGGAUUCAAAGAACGGAUGUUAACGCAAAAUUCCAAAGAAUAACAAAUAUAAUUUUAAACUCAUUACCGUGGAAGAAGUGA